GGGAGCCGGUCAGACGGCGGGGGAGGGACCUGGAUGGGCCCCGGUUUCCGACGUUCGAAGCCAGUCGGCCACCGGGGGCGCGCGCGGGCUGUCGGCGCUCUAGCCCGCCCACGUCCUCUAUGGCCACCGCGUUUCCGGGCUGCGCUGUGGCGCGCGAGGGCUGCCCAGCUCCGCCGCCGAGACGUCCAGCUCCUCGGGUGCUGAGCCCGCGGGACCCGAAGGCGCGGUCGCGGAUGCCAGCUUGGCCACCCCUGACCCAGCCCCAGUCGUGCCUCUGUGUGACCCCUAACCCCAUCGCAACUGGACGGAUCGGACCCCCUGGGAACCGCCCUGCCCCUGCUCUGAGCGGGACCCCUCAUCCUGCCCGUCUGGCCCUGAACGCGGCCCCCGCCCCAGGGCCGCGCCCCCUGGCCAUGCGCGGGAAGCUGCUGCCCCUGGCCGGCCUCUACCUAGUGCAGGGCCUGCCCUACGGCCUGCAGUCAGGCCUGCUGCCCGUGCUGCUGCGCGCCCGUGGCCUUUCCCUGACGCGCGUGGGGCUGGCCAAGGCGCUGUACGCGCCGUGGCUGCUCAAGCUCUUUUGGGCCCCGCUAGUAGACACGUGGGGCUCCCCAAGGGGCUGGCUGGCACUCAGCACGGCUGCCUUGGGCCUGGUGUGCGGGCUGUUGGCAGCCCUGCCUCCUGCCGGCGCCGGCGGGGCCGCGCUGCCUGUCUCGGUGGCGGCGCUGCUCCUGCUGCUGAAUCUGGCUGCGGCCGUGCAGGACGUGGCCCUGGACAUGCUGGCCGUGCGGCUCCUGGAGCCGGCUGAGCUGGGGCCCGGCAAUACCGUGCAGGUGGUUGCUUACAAGCUGGGGGCCGCCCUGGCCGGCGGUGGGCUGCUGGCCCUCCUGCCCGCGCUCUCCUGGACGCUGCUCUUCCUGCUCUUGGCCGCCACCUACUGGCUGGCUGCAGCCGCGGCCUGGGUGGCGCCCGCCCUGCGACAGCUGCCCACACCCCCGCCCUCAGCGCACCCCCGCCCCAGCCUGCACCUUCAGCAGGACUUGCUGGCAGUGCCUGGGACCCUGUGGACAGCGGGCUUCGUGCUCACCUACAAGCUGGGUGAGCAGGGUGCCAGUGGCCUGUUCCCACUCCUCUUGCUGGACGGCGGCAUCUCCACCCCAGAGCUGGGGCUGUGGAACGGUGUGGGUGCUGUGCUCUGCUCCAUUGCUGGCUCAUCCCUGGGUGGGGUCCUGCUGGCCAGGCGUUGGCAGCCACUGCCCCUCCUGAGGUCAGUGCUUCGGUUCCGUCUUGGGGGCCUGGCCUACCAGACUGCCCUGCUCUUUCAGCUGAACAGCCCCAGAGCCAACCCCGUCCCUGGCACAGUCCUGAGAGGGGCAGCCCUGCUGAGUCUGUGUCUGCAGCACCUCCUGGGGGGCUUGGUCACAACCACCACCUUCACCAUGAUGAUGCGCUGCAGUCAGCUGGCACCCAGUGCCCUGCAGGCCACACACUACAGUCUCCUGGCCACUCUGGAGCUGCUGGGGAAGCUGCUGGUGGGCACACUGGCGGGAGCCCUGGCUGAUAGCCUGGGGCCACGCCUCUGCUUCUCUCUCUUCUUAGCUCUCUCAGCCACCCCCAUGCUGUACCUGGGCUUUGCGCCCAACGCCCUGGCCUGAGCUGAAAGGCUGGACUCAUCAAUAAAGUGGAGUGUGCUUCUGGGA